CUUUCUUAGGAAGCGGCUUAGAUUUAUAGUGCGUUCUGGACGUAAUUAGGACGUUUUGUGUCACCAAAGCGGAAACGUUAAACCUCUAUUUCAGCCUGUAUUUUCUUUUGUAUCGAAAACACAUCGAAAAUGAAAUUGUUCACACUAAUUCAUUUUCGCAAAAUGAUAUUUUUCGUUUUUUAACUAGAUGUGUUAAAUGGAAACAACCCUGUUUUUUCUUGUUUCUUAAACGGGUCUUUUAAACAUUGCCACCAUUUAUAGAGAGUGAGGUUCUAUAAGAUAUAACAUGAGGAAAUAAUUUCAACUCUAAAUAACACUCACAAUACGGCGAGAUUAGAAUCCGGCUAGCCUUCAUUAAAAGCCUACGUGGGAGACAUUAAACAUAUAUAUGUAUCCGUCUGAAAGUGCUUAUAAAUUAAAACGUCUCAAACGAAGGUACACCUUGCGAGCGACAAGAGCAAAACACAAACCUUCUUUAUUCUAAAGGUAGUCAGUGUAUAAAUUUGGUGAGAACACACGCGUGCAACUGUGCCUGAGCCUGUAAAAACUACAUGAGGUUAUUUGGAUGGAACAGGCGGGGAAACAGAUCCAGAGAAAAUGAAUUAUUCCAGAAAAUAUACAACUUCUCUCUUCCACGGCGCAAAGUCUCUGCAACCGGGAAAUCUAUAGUGUGCAGCACGGAGUGACAAAUGCACCAACGUCGUACGCUGCUUAGCAAAUAACAAAACGAGGAAAAACCUCACAUAACAAGUCGCGGUUUUGUAAAUCCCAGGAACGAACAAAAAAGGCAACGAAAAGCUUGAGGAUGGAAAAAACUGCUGGGGGAUUCGACCUGCCAUAUCGAUCUCCCGGGACCGCCGCGUUGGAGUCAAUAAUUGUUGUCCUGUUCACGAUUUUAUCAAUACUUGAAAACACUUUGAUUAUCGCGGCGUUUUUCCAUCUCAAGUCAUUAAGAACUAUUCCAAAUAUACUCGUGGUCAAUUUAUCGAUCGUGGAUGUCCUUUCUGCCAUAACGACACACCCUCUGCUAGCAUCGGUGCUGAUUCAGGGAGCUUGGUGCUUGGGACAAGAAGCUUGUAAAUACCAAGCGAUUUUAAACUCUUUUCUAUUCACAACCAAAACUCUAAGUGUAACCUUCAUAACUUUAAACCGAUACCUGAUCAUCGUCAGAUACAAAAAGUACACCAACAUGUUUACUAAACGCUCAACUCGCUUGUUUCUGGUGGCGAUUUGGAUCUCAUCGUGUCUCCUCGCCUUAUCUCCGAUAAUGGAACAAGACGAAGCGACAUUUCACGCUAAAGAAUCCCUUUGUGUCAUUUCAAGCAAGAAUUCGGCAAGUUCUGUAGUUAUGGUUGUAUUUGAGAACAUUUUCUUCCUUGCAACGAUCUAUCUUAACUACGCGAUUUUAAGCUUAGUCCGCUUACAUCGAAAACAAGUUUUUUCCUUCUUCGAUAAAAAGACUUCCCCUUCAACUUCAAGAGUGACUCCCGCGAGCGCGGCGCUGACAAGCUGUCGACCAUAUGCGAUUGGCACGCGUGGAACAAUUGCGAACAGAAACGAAGAACCUCACAUCGCAAGGAAGGUUUUUACUGUAACAACUUUAUACACUAUCUGCUGGCUGCCUCAAGGCAUAUUAAAAAUCGCCAGCCUUACAAAUAGUAACAUGUCACGUGAGAUCUGGAUGACGUCCACGUUCUGCAUGCAGCUGAGUUCCGUGUUGAACCCUAUCCUUUACGGAUUGCUCAACAGAAAACUGAGGAAAACUAUAUUUGGGAUGUUCAAGAUAAAGGCUAAAAUGCUGAUUCACGUCGCUGCUACAGAAGUUUCCACCAGACGCCUUCAAAUGAGGUCAUUUAAAGGUGCUUUUACAGUCAGCCGCGUAGGCGCACAGGCUCCCUGAAGCUAAUCUGUUUUUGGUCUAGACGUAUAGUAUCUGUCGGCUUUUGCUCUCUAUAAGCGAUCGCUAGCGAUGAAUUAAAAGAUAGUUAUGAUUUUUCACAAAAACUAGCUCGGGGAUAUUGCCAUCGCUAGUUUAAGCAAAAUUUCAAAAUCCUCGAAAACAAACCCAGAGUAGUUUCAAAAGGUAGGAAACCUUCAAAAGGUUAAUUUUGUAGAACAGCGAUCUAGAAAUGCGAAAAUAACUCGGAAGCAAGGAAUAAAAUCAAUUCAGCUUAUUCGAUUGUUUUACGGAUUUUCUGAAAGAAUCACCGCUUUAUUCACAAGUGCAGGCAUGGGUACAACAACAUACUCGAUGUACAUUAAUAGCAGAUAUAUGCUAAGACACACACACCUCACAAAUUUCAUAAAUUAUGUUAUGGUAUAGUUACGUUACUUCUUUAAUUGUGUUGGUUUCUUAUCAUAUUUAACUCCGAAAGGGAGCUACAGAAUACGGAAUAUACGACAUUUCAAUAAAUAUCGCGCAAUGCUUGGUGUGUUGUCAAAACCCCAUAAGUUAAAUGACGCAAUAGUGGAAUAAUAAAUUACAAUUAUACUGAAAAAGCGACACUAAGAUUUUGUCAUUUGAAUUGGGUGCUAAAUAUCGUUUCGACAUUCCUUUGUACGUCAAGAAAUUGAUUCUCAUAUAGCAACAUCUAUAGCCAAAUAUUUCAACCGAACAUCUCUCAGUAGCUGAAGAUAUUAGGGAUUUUAAGUAACCACAACGGCGACGCCGAGGACAACGUUAUUAAAAAAUGAAUUUAUAUUUUACCCACGCAUCUCGCGAUACUCUAGAGCCAUUUACUUUGUUUAUCGCUGUCAAAACUAUCACGAAACUAAACCUGGGAUACAGCGAUAAAUUUGGAAUAAAAAUGUAAAAAAUUAGCCGUUAUGGUUCACGCUCUCGAGACAAGGCAGAAUUUGGUCAUUUCACGUUGUUGUUUUGCAGAGGACGGCAAAGAUAUGUGCCAAGAAUUAUAACGCACGU